AUGAAGCAAAAUAGAGUUCAAAAAAGACAAGAGAAGCUUAAGCAACUUUCUGAAAUUAGACAGAUUGAGAUUGAUAAAUGUGCAGAUGAUAUGGUCUUCCUUGAAAGACUUAUGAAGGUCGCCAAAAUGAAAAAUAGGAACGACAAAAUAGAAUGCUUAAAAGACUCGGACAACUUCUUCAUUGAAGAUAUGAGCCAGAUUAAAGAGAUGAGGACUGAGAAAGCCAGUUUUAAAAAGGAAAAGCAGAUUCUCAGAAAUGAGAAAAAGGUUUUAAAGCAAAAUAUUAAGAUAACAAGUCAUAAUCUGAAAGGUAUCAUGAGGCUAUCAAUUGCUAACCUUUUUCUGUCAACUUUGUUCUCCAGAUUUCAGAAAUGCACUAAUCUUUAA